AUGCCGCCCAAGAAUCGCAAAAAGGCGACCAAGAAGAAGAAGAGACCCGUCGAACAAGCCGCAAGCCUGCCAAGCCAGCAAGAAGAAUAUUUCCAACCAAGUACCACGCCUUCAGCUUCACCAUUAUCAGUUCCCAUUCCAGAGAUCACUAUCGACCCAACGGUAGCUCCUCAUGGUAUCAGCCGACCAGUCAGUGACGUGAGAUGGCGACUCCAUCCCUCCGUCCAAGCGCUCCUCCACAGAUUUCGCGACGAAAUCAUUACGCGUUUCUAUCCCAAUGCAUCUCACGAACAAGCCAAACGGCACACUUCAUACAUCUACGAGGAGCUUGUACCUCUUCUUGAACGAGUCCCCCCAUCUGCAGCAGACGCAAAACCAGCUGAUCAAAAUUCCAUGGAUCGACAAGCAUUACAUUCAGCAUUUGCACCCACCAUCCUCAAACUAAUCAAGAGCUUCGUCGAAGAAAAAGGUGAAGACUUUCUCAAGGGUCCUUUUGGUCCGAAAGAUUCAUAUCAGAUCGAUUUCUGGAAACGAGUAUGCAUUCAUCAGGUCUUGAGUCUCGAACUCACAUACCAACGAGAGAAGCAAAUGGAGGCCAAGUCCCGAAGAUGGGAACGUGACGCGUUUACUUGGUCGAAUGAGAUCCGUCUCAAAUGUGAGAAGCUCAAGGAAGCCAACGCUGCGGCGAAAAAGGAACACGCAAGACUAACAAGAAAGUGCGAAGACCUUCACAAGAUCAAGAAUUCCAAGAGUGUGGAGGACAAAAUUCAUGCUGCUUGCCAGGAUCUCCUCGCGGAGGUUGCGGCUCGCGAUGAGAAGUGUAGGGUUUUGGAGCUGUCCAAUAAGCAGAUCAAGGACCAGACUUGGUUGCUGUGCAAGCAGACCAAUAUCGUUGUGAAUGAGCGACAUAAGCUGGUUGAGGAUCAUAAUAAGGGUGCUCAUGAGCAUAAUAGUCUUGUUAACGAUUACAGAAAAGUCGUCCAAGAGAACAGCGAGUUAACUGCUUUGCUCGAGGAAGCAGGUAAUCUCACAGCAGAUAUGCUCAAUGAUGAAUGCAAGGAGGCGAUUACUCGAAUGUUGCAUGACUUGUCUGAAUUGAAGAGCGAAAUGCAGCUGAUGCAUACAGAACUUGUUUUUGCGAAUGAGCAAAAUGCUUGGCUACAGGAGAAAUAUGAAAUUGCAGAGCAGGCGAGAGAGAUUGAAAGGGGUAUUCUGGAGAGUCAUGAACAAACAAUGAUGGGUAUCAACAAUCGAUUACUCACAAAUUUAAAGGCUAUCGAGGAAGCUGCCAGAGAAGACUCUUCCAAGGAAACCACCGAGGAGGAAGCCAUGAAAGAUGAACCGGCUAAUGUAGACUCUGCUCAGGAAGAAGUCGCAGACGAACAAACCACCCACGAUUCUACCAGUGAAGAAUUGUCCCUUUCCAUUCCACCAACCCCGACCCAAGACCAAGCAACCUGGCUCGCCAAAGAAGAAAACCUCCAACGCCAAAUCACAAACCUCCAAACCGAACUCUCGCUCGCCCGCCGGGCCUGGGCCAAGGAAACCCACCAACAAAAUAACGAGCACCAAACCCUCCUCACAGAAAACCAACGUCUAACCUCCUCACUCGCCGCAGAAAAACAAGCACGAACAACCCUCGAACGCGCGAACCAAACCUUAGAAGCCGACAAGCUGCAGGCGCAAAUGGACUGUGGUAAGUUUCUAUGCUGGUGCGAGCGUCUAAGAUCGUCCGAGAGGGCGUGGCGAGAGCAGGAGAAGAUGUUGUUGGAAGAGCAGCGGAUUAUGAGGGAGUAUGUGGACUCGGUGACGAAGUGGAUGGUUAGGGAGUUGGAUAAGAAUGAGGUUCAUGGACAGAAGGCGGGGGUGUUUGUGCAGUCGUUGUUGGAGGUUAGUAGUGAUAAGCAUAUUGAGACGAUAGUGAGGCUUGGGGGUCCGGAGAAACUUAGGUGUGUUUGUGCGCUUAAGUGUGUUUGUAACGAACGCGCGGUGGAGGAGGGAGUUGCGGUGGAGAAUGAUCAUGGUGAAGCUAUGGGAAGUGAGCAGCACGAGGCAGACGCAUCUAGAGAUGUUUCGAACCUGCCGGAAAGUCUGUAUCACAGUUUUCUCGAGGAAAGGAUUCUUGAGAUGUGCAGAUAA